AUGUCGGGCAGCCAGCAACACUCCCCUUACAACCCCAAUCCCUCUCCCAGCUUGCCCUACCGAACCUCCUUUCCCCCAACCGAGCAGCAUCAUCCUCCGCUCCCGAAUUCUGCUGCUCACUACCCGAACCCGUCCAUUCUGCCUCAGCAGGCCCAUCAGCAGUUCGCGGCUAGCAGUCGUUCUGGGCCUGCUGCCUCAUUACCUCCUCUGGCGACGAGUGCUCCGUACAUUACUCGCUCUGGCUACUAUGAUCCUGUAGAAUCCCGUCCCACCGAUAUGAGUUCUGGUUGGAGCCCGUCUGCCACUAGUACAACUAAUAUUGCCGCUACCGCAUACGAGAGGGGGCCCUCGACACAAUCUCAAACAACGGUAUGUGGCCUUUUUAUUUGUAUUUUCACAUUUUGAUAGUACAGUAUCUUCUUUUUUCCUUUGUUCCGGAAUUAUAUAGGGUUGUUGUAAGCUCAUUUGCCCUUUUUUUUUUUUCCCCAUCAUCAGAAUCGAGACCUGAUCUCGGCGAAUUGAGUAUUUUUUUUUUUUUUGUGUAUCCCUUUCCUUUAUCUCUCAUUGGGGGUUGGGCUUUUCACAACCCUUUUCCCCUUUCCUCACUGUUUUGUGUGAGAAAAAGCUGUUUUGUUUUCCGUCUCUUUCCCCCCAACUCUUGCCCUAGUUUGUCCGUGGAAGUUAAUACUAGGACUGCGACUGUUUGUGUGUGUGCUGACCCGCACGUAAUAAUAUUUACAGAGCCGUGAUCAGCGCUACAGCUACAACGGCGAAUCCGCCGUCGGAGGAGCCACACAAUCCCCCAUCCAUCCUAUCGAUCCAAAUUCGAGACGAAGCUAUCCUCUUCCUUCGCCCACCUCAACAUCAAGUAUUCAUCAUACAACCGCAGAGUUGAGAUCAUCGAUGGGCCCUGGCGCGCUGCAUUCAGAUUACGCGGCUGGACCCAGUUCACCGACAGCAACGGUAAGCUUCGCGUCUGGACGCACACGUCGAUUCCACAUUCUUUGAUCUUGACAACUCAUGAAUUACACUUAGAAAGCCACCCCUGCGCGCCGAGGUGGCGCAAUGUCUAUAUCUGCCCUUCUUACCAACACCGACGAGCCUUCCACCGACACAACCACUCCCAAAAACAUCCCUCGGCCUACACAAACAACCAAACGACGUUCACCAGAUCGAGAGUCAAACAACAACACCAGUCCCGUCAUGUUGAGAGCAAGCUUGCGGCAGCCCCCCCCUGCUAAACCGGCCACCGCUUCGGCGAGCACCUUCCGUUCAGGGGAUGCUGACCCUACGGAUACAGAGCUGAGCAGCAAUCACGGUGGCGGUGGGGGGAAGAACGGUUCCUUUCGUGGGUUUAGGUAUCACGAUUCUGUCAACCUCCUGACCGAUGAUCCGGAUAAAACGGAUAGCGAACUGGAUGAUGGCGGCUUCGCGCAGGAGAGGGCUGAAUAUUUGAAGAGGGCCCGGAAACGCCAUCUGGAAGUGGAGGGACGGGAGAAUCAGAACCGGAAGGUAGGCUUUUCACUUUGAGACUCUCUAAAUGGCGGAUACUAAAAAAAAAUUAUGGGUAGCGUCGGCGUGUCGUUUUUCAAAAUCGUCUUCACGACCAGUUUCACGCUCAUGCCAAAUCUUCCCGUGAACGCGCCCGCAUUCAGUUCUACGAUGACGCUAUGGAACAAGUGAUGAAGCAGGAGGAGGAGGACGAGAAGGAGCGCAAGAAGGAGCAGCAACGCAAGCGCCGACGGGAGAAGGCUGAGGUUGAGAAGAAGUUCAAGGCGGAGAUCGCUGCCAAGGCUGCUGUUGAAGCUGCUGAACGAGAGGCUGCUGAGAAGCAUGUGAGGGAUGAGAUUGCUAGGCAGCGCUCGGCGGAGAGAGCUGCUAGGGAUGGACUUGACGGGGCGCUCGGCUUGGGCCCCGAUAUGCACGACUCAGAUGCUAGCGGGCCCCCUAUGGUGGUUGUUGAUGAGGGUGGAAAGAAGCGGAAGCCAGGCAGGAAGAGGCAACCCAAAGAAAUCAAAGAGGCGCUCGAGGCCAAGGAGGUGAAGGAGCUGAAACCGGUCGUCAAGGAGCCCCCAGUACAGGAAGUUUAUGUGCCGCACGUUUCAAAGAGUUAUAACCAAAUCUUCGACCAAAUCUGGAAGGACAUCGCCAGGCGAGAUAUUCCGAAGGUUUACAGGGUUCAACAGACCUCUUUGGCCACGAAACAGUCGAAUCUUAGGAAGACCGCCCAACUAGCAGCCAAAGAGGCUCAGCGUUGGAAGCUUCGCACCAACAAGAAUGUCAAGGACACGCAAGCUCGAGCUAAGAGAUGUAUGCGUGAGAUGAUGACGUUCUGGAAGCGUAAUGAACGCGAAGAGCGAGACUUACGGCGUCGUGCGGAGAAGGAGGCUCUGGAACAUGCAAAACGGGAAGAAGAGAAUAGGGAAGCCAAGCGACAGGCGAGAAAGCUGAACUUCUUGAUCUCGCAAACCGAACUCUACUCGCAUUUCAUCGGAAGGAAGAUUAAAACAGAUGAAGUUGAGCGGUCGACGGAUUCUCUAGGAGUGGACGUCGCUGCAGAGAUUCCAACUAAUCCCAAUGCGCCCACCAUACUUCCUGGACAGGAGAACGGUAAACCAGGGAAGCCCGUCAGGAGUUUCGACGAUCUUGACUUUGACGCCGAGGAUGAUGAGACUCUGCAUCAAGUUGCGGUUAACAAUGCUCAGCAUGCUAUCCAAGCGGCACAGGAUACCGCUCGUGCGUUCAAUGCUCUAGAGCCCGGGGAAGGCAAGACUGAUCUCGGAAAUGUCAACCUUGAUGAAGGCGAAAUGAAUUUCCAGAACCCCACCAGUUUGGGAGACAUUGAUAUCGAACAGCCAAAGUUGCUGUCUUGUCAGCUGAAAGAGUAUCAAUUGAAGGGGUUGAACUGGCUUUGCAAUCUUUAUGAGCAGGGUAUCAAUGGGAUCCUUGCGGACGAAAUGGGUCUUGGAAAGACUGUGCAGUCGAUUUCGGUCAUGGCAUACCUUGCGGAAACCCAUAACAUCUGGGGCCCCUUCUUGGUCAUCGCUCCUGCUUCCACCUUGCACAAUUGGCAGCAGGAGAUUGCGCGCUUCGUCCCCCAGUUCAAAAUUCUUCCAUAUUGGGGCAGUGGAAAGGACAGGAAGGUUCUCAGAAAGUUUUGGGAUCGCAAGCAACUCACCUAUACCAAGGAUUCCCCAUUCCACGUUCUCAUCACUUCUUACCAGCUGGUUGUCCAGGAUACACAGUACUUCCAGAGAAUGAGGUGGCAGUACAUGAUUUUGGACGAAGCGCAGGCAAUCAAGAGCUCUACGAGUUCUCGAUGGAAGGCCCUUCUUGGGUUUCACUGCAGGAAUAGGCUACUAUUGACGGGUACCCCGAUUCAGAACUCUAUGCAAGGUUUCCUCCCCUCUCUCUUCUACUGCGCUUGAAUAACUGUCUGACACCCUCUAGAACUAUGGGCCCUUCUUCAUUUCAUUAUGCCUAGUCUUUUCGAUUCGCAUGACGAGUUCAGCGAAUGGUUCUCCAAGGAUAUCGAGAGCCAUGCGCAGAGCAACACCCAGCUCAAUGAAGCGCAACUUCGCCGCCUACACAUGAUUCUCAAGCCUUUUAUGUUACGGCGUAUCAAGAAGCAUGUCCAGAAGGAGCUUGGUGACAAAAUUGAGCUUGAUGUUCAAUGCGAGUUGACCUACCGCCAGAGAGCGCUAUACAAAGGCCUGCGCGACAAAAUUAGCAUCAUGGAUAUUAUCGAGAAGGCUGCCUCCGGAGCGGACGACAAUAACGCAACACUGAUGAAUCUUGUGAUGCAGUUCAGAAAAGUAUGCAAUCACCCGGACCUGUUUGAAAGGGCCGAAACAAGCUCGCCGUUUGCAUUUUCCAGAUGGGCAGAAACUGCCUCAUUUUUGCGGGAGGGUUCGAAGAUUGAUGUCUCUUACACGGCUAGAAAUGUGAUAGACUAUGAGGUCCCAGCGCUGGUAUGUAGAGAAGGGGGUAGAUUGGAAUUACCGGGACCCGACUCGGAAGCUGGGAUCAGGCGUUUCAUAUUCAACAAUCGCUGGAAUAUCUGGAAGCCGGAUAAAAUCAUGGAGUCCGCACGAAAGCCGGACGGCGCGUUCUCCUGGCUUCGUUUUGCUGAUACGUCGCCGGGCGAGACGUGGAAGGCUUUUCACCAAGGCGAGUUUCAUAGAGCGUUGGCGUUGCGAGCGCGGAGAAAUCUUUCGCGGUUUGCUGUACCUUACGACAACGACGAUCCCUAUGUUCCUUUUCAUGCAAUGUUCCUGGUUUCGGAGCUUGCGGAUAGGAAAGAGGUUGCGGAAGUGGCUACCGAAGGUUAUCUCGCGGACCUGAUGAAUGUGUCGCGAGUAUACUUUCGCGACAAGAUGAUGCAUCGUUUAGAGCCUCUUGCUAGCCCUUCGGCAUCAGCACCCCCGAUCAAUUUGGUUUGUAUAAGCCAGGGGGUGAUCUUUGAGCAGCAGUCUCUUCUUUGGAAUGAACGGGUUCGAAAGGUGUUCUAUGGGGCUUCGGUGCUCGAGGAGCAGCGUUAUAUGGAGAACAAGAUUGAUCUUGGAUUGUACCCUGUCCCUAAGGCUCUCCCCGAGCCUUCUUCGGAGAAGAUGGGAUAUGCACAUAUCAGAGUUCCUUCUAUGAGGCGGUUUGUCAGUGAUUCGGGCAAACUGGCUAAAUUGGAUGCUCUUCUGACUGAACUUAAAGCCGGUGGUCACCGCGUCCUUCUGUAUUUCCAGAUGACGAAGAUGAUGGAUCUCUGUGAGGAAUAUUUGACGUAUCGUCAUCACCGCUACCUCAGAUUGGAUGGUUCGUCGAAACUUGAGGACCGCCGCGACAUGGUUUCCGCAUGGCAGACAACACCUGAGAUCUUUGUCUUCAUUCUCAGUACACGCGCUGGUGGAUUGGGUAUUAACCUUACGGCUGCGGAUACCGUCAUCUUCUACGAUAGCGAUUGGAAUCCAACAAUCGACAGUCAAGCUAUGGAUCGUGCUCACAGAUUGGGACAGACCAGGCAGGUGACGGUUUACAGGUUGAUUACUCGUGGCACCAUUGAGGAGCGUAUUCGUACGAGAGCUAAGCAGAAGGAGGAGGUAAGGAUGCUUUAUUUCCGGCCCUUGCCAUAUACAAUGCUAACAGUCGGUGUUCAUAGGUCCAACGUGUCGUUAUCCAGGGUGGUGAUCCGGGAGCCAAGAAGAAUACUGUGGAUUUCAAGGGCACCCGUGAGGUUGCAACCUGGCUCUUUGAUGACGAGGAAGCUGAGCAGCUGGAGAAGACGCUCGAAGCCAAGGAAAAGGAGGCUGAGGAAGCUAAGGCUAAAGGCGGUGCUAAGAGAGGAAAGAAGAAGGCUAAGACCGGCACAGCUGGCGAAGAGCCUAAAGCUAUAAACUUGGAGGAUUUGUAUGAGCGCAAGGACCAAUUAAUGGGAUUCUCCCUCGCUAACCGGAUGAGUAGGUAUCACGAGGGCGAAGGUCGCUUUGACGACAGCGGCAAACCUAGCGAAGCCGGAACUCCCGCUGCGAGUGCCGCGCCGGUGCCAUCGAGCCGAAAGCGCGGUCCUAAGGGCGGGAACAAAAAGAAGACUACUCAAGAACGACUCGCUAUGAUUGAUGGUGUGACGAAAUGA